AUUAGCUGACAAUACCUAGGGAAGGUAGUUAUCAUACAUAUGACUCUCACCUACAACUUAUAUCUACGCGUGCCUUAUAGCUGUAAUUAUAAUUGUAAUGAUGGUCCAGUCUUCUUAACAUGUCGAGACUGGCCAUUAUACGGCCUUAUUCUCAUAUUCUGAGUGGCUGUCUCAUAACCAAACGUCCUAGCCGAUUCAUAAGAAAAUUCGGGAGCCAGACUGUAAAAACUGCUGCAGAAACUGGAAAAUUCAGUCUGACAUUAUCGACAAAGACUUCCAAGCAAAGUGUCAUAAACGAAUUGAACCAUUACCUCAUUGAAUCCGCCAAGACACCUAUCGCUGUAGGAGAGGACAAUGAUAUUGACAAUGGAGCCGCUAUAUUUGCUUCUCGCGAUUUCGCAAGCUGGCUAGAGGAUGAGAGCUUCGUUUCUAGUAUACUCGGAUCUCUCUUUAAACCCAGUCAAGGCACCUCUAAGCACAUCGAUAUAUUAUGUGCAGUAACGGAUGGGCUCACCCCCGAGCAAUUGUUCAGCGAGCCUCGAACCGGCUUCUCAAUUUUAUAUGGCUCAGCUAAUAAAAUCCUUCCUGACUUAUGGAAUCACGACGAAUUUGGUUCAGGUACCGACCAAGACAGAGAGGCUUCCGUCUCAUUCUUGCCCAAUCCUCUGCCCAAGGACUUGAGGCCACUUGAGAUUACCCUACCACUGGCAAACACUGUUUUUCAGACUGGAAAACGGUCAACCUUAUUCGCAAGCAGAUGGCAAUUCACUCCUAACGGAUCUAUGACACGCACCAUGAUGCAUGAGAAGCGCGUCCAAAAAAUCCAACCUGAUCCCAACUCAUCAGGUCAUACCAUACCAUGCAUCCCAUUGCUACCAUUGACCCGUCCGCGGAAGAUUGUCGCUGGCUUGGGUAAUAUUGUUCGACAAGUCGAAGUCAAUGGCUCUCCGACGCCGGCAUCUAAAGAGCUUGAGGGUCUCAUACCGAAAGUAUUUGAUACUAGAUCUAAACGAGACGAAUCAUACGUGCCGGGACCCAUCGGGGUAUGGUGUUGGAUCAUACACCCUCACCUUGUGAAUAUGCAGGGAAUUCUCGACCUAAAGAUCUUUGAGCCCGAUUCUUCCCUUUCUGAAGCCGAAUUGUCUUUAGAAGCUAUGGAUCUGUUCUCAACUUUAAUAUCUUCUGGUUGCCGAGCUCAUAAAAUACUCAGUGGUGGUGGUGGUUGGGGUGCUAAGCAAGGCUUGCUAUCCCUAGACCCUGAGACGAACUAUUCUCUACCAGAUCAGGAUGAUGUCGAGAUGUUCAUCAAAGCCUUUCAAGAGCGCAACAAUCCCAAUCAAUCCCAGGGCCUUGUGAUGCCUGGUACGUAUUUGAUGUUCUGUAUUGAACCACACUGGACGGAGAAAGAGAUUAGGUCCAGCCAGAAAAUGACACCGGCAACAGUAGUUGGUGUCGCGCCCAAUCAAGAUGAAGAAUUGAAUCCUACAGGUCUUUCAGACAACAUCGAAGUCAUCGCAGACCAUUUUGGUGUAGUAUCGAAGGCUGGCCUUUUCUUAAGGGCUUCUACACUGCCCCUGACGGAAAGUUCCACCAUAGAAGGAUCCGCCGAGCCACCUCAUGCGUUUACCACCAAAGUCGACUUACCGCGAACUUCUUUCAUAUUAUAAUUGCCUUAGUAUGAAGAUAUAUAACGAUCUUUAUUCAGUUACAUAGUAGUUGUGUAUCACAGUCAAUCGGUGAUCCGCGACAAUGCCCUGUUUAGCAUGGCUCAUGCUUAGUAAAUAUACACAGGGUAAUUAUCAUUAUAUCAGAUACCGCCUUUUCCUUUAUGGUCUAUCUGAAUUCAGGUACAAUUUCUCUUUCCAUUUCGGAUCAGCAGUCGCCUUGGGGAGAUACGACCAGUGAUACGCCGGUGUCAAUACUGGGACCCUCUGCCUCGACUCGAACGAAGGGAGCCUGUCCUGGUAUGCAUGCCAAGGUCUCAAACCCAGUUUUCUCUACCUGAAUCGCGAGUGAGAGACUGGAGUCGCUAGCUCCCGCGAACACCUUCCAAAGCUUGUGCUCAGUGGCACCA